CAGAGAAUAAUGGGGAUGAAGCAUUGCAAAGAAAUCUCAGUGUUUUGUGUGCUUUUCAUUGCUUUUGGUGCAGAUACUCUUGGACUUGCUGUGGGUGAGAGUCUGACGCCUGAAAAGAAGAAAAAUUGUACCUAUGUGGUUACGGUGGAAACAACAUGCACCAAUGGCGCUGAUACCUCAAACCAUGUCAGCAUAAGAUUUGGUGACACAAAUUCGAACGACGUUGUGGUGCAACAUCUAAACACCAAGCAUGUGACGAGGUUGGAUCCAUUAAAGCCUGCAGGCCUAGACGACACGCCCAUAAAACCAUUCCAAGCUUGCACAGUAGAUGAAUUCCAACUGACGGGCCAAUGCGUGGAAUCACCCAUAUGCUACCUCUACCUCAAAUUGAUCGGAACUGAUGAUUGGCGACCUGGGUUUGCGCAGAUUCGAGUCUUAGAGGGGGAUCAUCUCAGCUCAAAAUACUUCUAUUUUCGUCGGUAUUUGCCUAGGCAUGUCUGGCAUGGUUCAGACGUUUGUGACAGAGAGGUUACUCCCUUUGGGAUCAGGCACAAGAGGAGGGUUUUUGGGAAGAAGCCAGAUGAUGAACAUUUAGUGAUGGUGCCAUAGAUGUAAUCAAGUAUUUGGUUUAUGGCUUGUUUGUAAAGGAAAAUAAUGGUGUGUUACUGUGUUUUGCUUGCAUCCCAUUUUGGUUUUCCUGGCAUGCUGUAGAUAUUGGGUGUUGCAUUUUGUUCCUACUUCAUACUUAUGACAUUGUUAUAGUGCCAA